CAGAAAAACUAUCCGGCAACGCUUGUUACCGGCCUGUUUCUUUGUUACCUUUGUAUUGUAUCUAAUACGUAUCUAAUGAACAUCUAUAUAUACACAGAAGAUUUAAACAUCUUAUUUUAACUUUUAAACAGAACCAUUAUGUUACUAGUCUUACUGGCACUGGUUUUUGGUGUUAAUUGCAUUCUUGGAUACACGGAAAAUGAACGGAAACAGUUUUUGAUGGCGGGAUUGUCUGAUAUUCAACGAGAAACAAUUGACGGAACAGUAACAGUUGAGAGUGGAACCAUCCCAACAUGGUUAAAUGGUAAUUUUAUGCGACAUUCCUGUGGUGUCUUUGGUGAAACUGAUCAUUUGGAUAGCAACGAACCCAACUAUAUCAGCCAUCUUUUCGAUUGCAUUGAAAUUGGUUCAAAGUUCAAAUUAGAAAAUGGACAAGUGACGUUUACAAAUAGAUGGUAUGACACCCAGUCAAACGAAUUUUUCAAUCGUUAUGGGAGGAACAUGAACAAGUCUAGUGUUUUUAUGGCCGGAACGUACAGCAAGGCAAACCUGUCACAAGUACAGAAUUUUAAACAAUUUGGAAAGCAGUCAAACAAAAUUGUUGAAGUUCCACAUGUCAGUUGGUGGCAGAUCGGUAACCAAGCCAUUGCUAUGACAGAAAUGCCUGUAGGUGUAGUGAUUAACCCAGUAAAGGUAGAGCAUAAUGGUUAUAUAAGUUACCUAGACAAUAACUUUGGCUAUGGCAAAAGUAUCCAAUUAACUAACAACCCGGCACAUGAGCACACUGAAGCAGACGGUACAUUGUGGAGCACAGUCACAGCUGUCAGAUUUACAUCACAGACUAACCUGAAUAUUUGGCGAAUUAUUUACAAAGUUGGUGCUGAUAGGAUCAGACACAAAGUUGGAGAAUACCAUUAUAACGAUGCAGAUUUAACAAAGUGCUCUAGAACAAAGCCAUUCAACACUUACCCAGAUUUAAGUUCAAGAUUUGGCUAUUUACACUCGUUUAGCUCGACAGAAAAAUAUAUAAUUCUCCCUGAGACGGCCUAUAUGCAUGAUCCUUGUUUUUACGCUCAUUACCAGAAUGGGGAACCAUUCUUUCCUCAGGGGUUCAAAUUUGAACAAAAAGGUAUGUCACGGUUAGUAGUGAUGAGGAAGUCGGACGGUAAAAUAAUCGCCAGUAUUAAAGCAAAACCUUUCUUCGUAACUCAUCAGCUUGGAUCGUAUGAAGAUGGUGAAUUGAUACAUAUGGAUAUGUUAAUGUAUGAUGACGCCUCUAUAUAUGACAGGACGACAUAUAUUACUAGUCUUAUGGCUAAUACUCCAUACACUACUAAUGUAACAAGAAUAACUAUUAAUACAACUGACUGGACAGCAAUGUUUAAGAAUCUCCGUAGUGGUUCUCCUGCUGCCUUUGAAAUGUCAAACAUCAACUAUGCAUACAAUGGUAGGAAAUAUACGUAUGCUUAUAUGAGUAGGAAUUUCGACAGAGCGGACAUAAAUGCUGUGACUAAGUUAAAUGUGGAUACUGGUGUUGAAACGGAAUAUGUUUUCCCGGAGGGAAUGUUUGUUCAAGAACCUCAAUUUGUGUCCCGACCUAAUUCAACAGCAGAAGAUGAUGGCGUUUUACUAGCACAAGGGGUCGAUGGAACAAAACAUAAAGCAUUCCUCUGUGUAAUUGAUGCCAAGACAAUGAAGUUGAUAUCUCACGUAACAGCACCAGAUAUAGCUUUAUUGGGAUUACAUAAUAGAUUUUUUGGUCUGGAGGUUGGAAACUCUUCUGUUGGUUCAGCGGAAAUAAUAGGAAAAAGAUAACAACAAAAAUAGUUUAUAGCAGAGAGAACGUUUUCAAAUUUGUAACACUACAUAUAGUUGUGAUCUAUCCAUAAGAAUUGCCAAAUAGUGUUCAUUUAGAAUAUAUUUUUAACUUUUAAUAAAAUUUCGCUA